CAUCCUCGUCAUCCUCCUCGUCGUUGUGGUCGUCUUCCUCCUUCCUCAUCGUCGCCCUCCUGCAAUCUCCUCGGUGUUGUUCUCCAGGCGCAUCUUCCUCCUCCUUACCGCUCAUGAACGCAUACUUAAAGCUGCUUCACUAGCGGACAGAAAAACGUUGAGAGCGGAAAUUUAGCACGAGCUAUGGCAAAACACCGCAAAGAAAGAGACAGCUGGGGUGAGUGGUCCCUGGGUGACAAGAAUGUGUACGACUGGAGCUCAGAGGAAGAAGAGUCAGAUGGGCGGGCGCGGCCCAUCCAGGUGCUGCUGGUGAAGGACGACCACACUUUCGAGCUGGAUGAGGCGGCGCUAAGUCGCAUCCUGCUGGCAGAGGAGGUGCGCGACCGCGAGGUGGUGGCCAUCUCGGUGGCGGGGGCUUUCCGCAAGGGCAAGUCCUUCCUCAUGGACUUCAUGCUGCGCUACAUGUACAAACACGGAUCCGACGACUGGCUGGGCCAGGCUGAGGAGCCCCUGACCGGCUUCUCCUGGAGGGGCGGCUCGGAGCGGGAGACCACCGGCAUCCAGAUCUGGAGCGAGGUCUUCCUGGUGGACCGGCCUGACGGGACCAAGGUGGCGGUUUUGCUGAUGGACACGCAAGGCACCUUCGACAGCCAGUCAACGCUGCGUGACUCUGCCACUGUGUUCGCUCUGAGCACCAUGAUCAGCUCCAUGCAGGUUUAUAACAUCUCCCAGAAUGUCCAAGAAGAUGACCUUCAGCACCUGCAGCUGUUCACAGAGUAUGGCCGACUUGCAAUGGAGGAGACGUUCCUCAAACCAUUUCAGUCCAUGAUAUUCCUCAUCAGAGAUUGGAGCUUCCCGUACGAGUUUCCAUACGGGCAGGAGGGAGGCAUGAAAUUCCUGGAAAAGAGGCUCAAGAUCUCUGAGAACCAGCACGAGGAGCUGCAGAACGUCCGCAAACACAUACACUCGUGCUUUACCAACAUCUCCUGCUUCUUGAUGCCUCAUCCCGGUCUGAAGGUGGCCACCAACCCGCUCUUUGAUGGGCGGAUCAAAGAGAUUGACAACGAAUUCAUCAGCAAUCUAAAGAUCCUGGUGCCCUGGCUAUUGAGUCCUCGCAACAUUGACGUGAAGGAGAUCAACGGCAGUAAGAUCACCUGCAGAGGCCUGCUGGAGUACUUCAAGGCUUACAUCAAGAUUUACCAGGGAGAGGAGCUACCUCAUCCCAAAUCCAUGCUGCAGGCCACGGCGGAGGCCAACAAUCUGGCGGCGGUGGCCGCUGCAAAAGAUCUGUACAACAAGAAGAUGGAGGAGGUAUGCGGCGGUGACCGUCCGUUCUUGGCGCCCAGCGAGCUUCAGGCGCGCCACGCAGAUAUCCGCGAGGAGGCUCUGUUGCUGUUCCGCGGCGUCAAGAAGAUGGGCGGCGAGGAGUUCAGCCGGCGCUACCUGCAACAGCUGGCGAACGAGGUGGACCAGGUCUUCGUUCAGUACAUCAAGCACAAUGACUCCAAAAACAUUUUCCACGCCGCCCGCACACCCGCCACCCUCUUCGUGGUCAUUUUCAUCAUGUACGUGGCGGCUGGCGUGACGGGCUUCGUGGGUGUGGACGUCAUAGCCAGCCUGUGCAACAUGAUCCUGGGCCUGGCCCUCAUCACACUCUGCACCUGGGCCUACAUACGAUACUCGGGGGAGUACCGAGAGCUGGGGGCCGUCAUCGACCAGGUGGCCGGGGCGCUCUGGGACCAGGGGAGCACGAAUGAGGCGCUGCACAAGCUUUACAACGUCGCCGCCAAUCACAGGCACCUGUACCAGCACGCCUUCCCCGGGCAACAGGUUGACGACCCGGCGACGGCGGUGGCCGGGGAGCACGACAAGAAGCGGGACUGACAGGAUUCAUGACUUCCCGUUCGCCAAGGAUUGUACAGUUCUCACAUAUACGACAACCAUCAAGCAUCCCCAAGCACCUUCACAGAUCGGUCGCUCUACUCCAGCUAAGCUGUUAACUCAUUGGCUGCCAGUGACAGUCUGUGAUAGACAAACCAGAGUUGCUCUAAAAUGCUUGGUUUUUACACUGAUCACACAAUAACUUAGGCAGAUUUCCAUUUACAACAUUGUCAAACUCAUCUUUGUCACAGGUCACAUUGCAGUUCCCGUUUCCUUCAGAGGGCCAUUAUAUCUGCCAACUAGAGCUCCUACAAAUAAGCGACUAAUGGAUUAUCAAAUCGAGAAAAGUGAUGAGUUGUCGUUAAGAGACAUUGGCUACGUUUACAUGGACACAUUUUUAUCGGAUUAAUAACCUGAUCAGCCAAAAAUUAUUCCGUUUUCGUACUCAUCCCAUUUGGAAUAUUCUAACCCAAUCAAGCCCAUUCUGAUCAACACGCUGCUAGAGAUAAAUGCGAAAAAUACGCAAAAUAUCACUUACAUUUAAAGUACAAAUGGACGGAUUGAUGUUUUGUAGACACAGACAGAGGUGGGUAGUAACGCGUUAUGUGUACUUCGUUACAUUUACUUGAGUAACUUUUUGAGAAAAAUGUACUUCUAAGAGUAGUUUUACUAAGCCAUACUUUUUACUUUUGCUUGAGUAGAUUUGUGAAGAAAAACACUACUCUUACACCUUUACUUUGGGUUACACAAGAGUGUACAUUUUUCCUCCCUCAUUCUACAUAUUAAUUUAUUUUUGUGCUAGCGAUGCUAUUGCCAAUUGCUACUAAUUUCACCUUUGACUCCAUUACACCAAUGAGAUGCAAGCUUGCCGUUCUAUGAUCACGCAAGCCUGUUCAAUCACGCGUCUUUAAAGCACCGUAACAAAUGAAGUAUUUGACAGAGCGCUGCCCUCAAAGGGAUCCUCGAUCUUAAAGACAUGUAAUUCUUAAAAGAUAAAUGUUAGUAUGAGUAUAAUAAUUUGAUAUUAAGCCCCUCUUAAUGUUUUCGUUUUAAAAAAAUUUGUAAAAUUUUAACUAACAGGUCGCCAUUCUUGUUGACGUCGCAGUGCGAUGACAUCACAUAGCCCGCUGACGAACUUCCAGCGUGUCACUCGUUAGUUACCCCAACAUAUUGUCGGUUCUGCCCUUCCAAUUUGAACCAGAGCGGAAAAAUGAAGCGCAGGACAGCACUGUCGGUCGUUCACAACACGAGCAGCAAAGGCAAAAUGCUGAGCAGGAAUACCUGAUGAGACAAGAGUUGGGCAAAACUGGUGGUGUACUUGCGGCAAGUGCGUCUCAAUGACAACGAAGCGAGAGAGUGUAUGCUGUCGGUUUUGUUAGCAGAUCUUCAAGGUGAGCUAUUGCGUAAUCAAACUUAUUCCAAUAUGAUUAUGUAGAUCGUUAGCAUCCAGAGCUGUCGUGUGCUUUACAUACAGUACAGUCCAAAAUUUUGAACACACCUUGUCGUUCGUGCAUUUUUAUUUUCAUGACUAUUUACAUUAUAAACUCUCACUGAAGGUAAUAAAACUAGGAAUGCACACUUGUGAUAGUCAGGAUCGGAAUUGUGUCACGGUUGACUGUCCUCAUUAAAUCUGUCAUCUGAUGGGAACAAAUCCUGGGAUCAAAUUUCCUCCAUGUCUUGUAUAUCCAACUCACGUUUAGCUACGUAAGGGUGGUCCAUUUUAAGUGCUUAGCGCGCAUCAGCUGGCCACUAUACCGCUGCAUUGGACGUGCCUGGAUACGUUUGAGUGGCAGCAUCACUCAUAUUAGGUGAAUACUGAACACACAUACACUUACUGCCUGAUUAACUGACAGUAGAUGUGAAUUAUUAGCUUCCUCUGUGACUAGCGGUACACCAGAAGGUUCGCAUACCGCUAUAGCGCCAGGAGCCUCUUGCCUGCUUAAGAGAGCGGCCAGAGUUUCUUGUCUUUGGCGCUUUAUUGCGCGCAUUUCACUCGCUAUCCGAGCGCGUUGAAGCUUCUUUUGAGGGAAAAUAGUUAGAACAGCAUUUGAUUUUAGUCUCCACUUAUAUAUAGCCACUCCGGUGAGCUCUUUCAUACGUUGUCGUUGACUAAAAGCCUCAAACGCGGUAGGAGAAAAAUGGAGAGAACAAAGCCUUGGGUCCUUGGGAAGUUCUGUCAGUCUACAGGCAUUUCCCAAACCUUUCUCCUCUUCUAGUCAAUAGGAAAUCUGUGGAGACGUACAUCACUCCCAUUGUUUCCAUUUGACUGGAAAUUGCAACCAAAAGCAGCAUAUCGUGGCAUUUUACUUAGCGAGUUUAGACAGAAACACACAAUUGUUGAACACAAUUGGAAACGUCCCAUUUAUGUCAUCACUCCGAGCCUGGAAAACAUGGCGCCAACUAUCGGUCAAAAUAUGUACUAAAUAUUAUAAAAUAUUGCCAUUGAUUUAACAUUUUAUGUGUUUCUAACAACAUAUUAUUUUAGUACAAGAGAACAAUUGUGGUUUAUUAGAGCCUACAUGUCUUUAAGAUCGAGGAUCUCUUUAAUCGAAAGUGCGGAUUUAAAACUCUCUCCCAGGUUUUAUUUGGCACCGAUUGCCCACGGAAAACCAGCGAUAUGAUCCUUUUAAUUUCGUAGUAGUAACUAUGAAGAAACUACAGUAGUCACUAUUCAAAGUCAGGAACUAUUUUCUCCACUAGAGGGCAGGGCACUCAUGCUCUUUGGACGAAUAAUGCUUCAUCACUGUUUUUUUUUCUCUCUUUGAUAUUUUUUUAAAAAUUUCCUUUGGCUUAAUGUGGUUAUGAAAUGGGUUAUUGUACAGUAUCAUUAUAACAGUUCAUAUAAAUAAGUUUGUGCUGACAGAAAAAAAAUACCAUUGUUGAAAAAAAAAAAAAAAUCAAAAAUAAGCAAUUACUCAAAAUGUUACUCAUUACUUGAGUAUUCUUUUCACUGAAUACUUUAUUACUUGUACUUCAGCACAUAUUUUGAAUGCCUACUUUUACUUGAGUAAAAUUAGUUUGAAAUAACGCUACUCUUAUUUGAGUAAAGUUUUUAGCUACUCGACCCACCUCUGGACAUGGAAGUGUACUUUUGGUGAAUCUGGGCAUGCCAAAGUAAUGUGAAACCGGAGUGUCCAUGAAAACAGUGAAUCUGAUCAGAAUUUUAUUCCAAAUGCUGAUCAGAAAAAGAAGUUUUAUCCAUGUAAACAAACCCACAUCAUAUUCACUUAUGAGUUGGCAAUAUUUUAGAAAUUUAACUGGGAGCCCUUUCACCCAAUAAAUUAAUGGACACGUAUGUUUCAAAAUAUUAUUGCAAAAUAAUAUUUGUUGACACUACAACUGCAACAUUUAUGACUUUUGCCAGUUGGCGAACCCUAUGGAAGGUGGAGGUUAUGUAUUCAGUUCUGUAUUUCUGUGUUUGUGUUCAAGAUAGCUGAAGAACAAAUAAAGGGAUUAUUAUCAAACUAUGACUCACAGUAACUUGUUAACCGUUGAGGCCAUUUAACUCAAAUUUGGAGGGUCGGUGAUAUAAGAGAGAGGGUCAAAGGUCAAAGUCAGAAAUAGGCCAAUGCUUUGAAUUAGACUGCUUAGGUGGAAGUCUGGUCUUUCUCGAUCUCUCAAAUAUGUAUAUUGCCUUUGUUUAGUCAUAUUUUAGUCUUUUGUUGACUUGCACAUGUAUUUGUAUACGUCUUUUUUUUGUUCUCAAAAUGUAUUUUGUGUUAAAGCAUUUUUUACUGGAAUUGCAUGUUUUUUUUUAUUUUUAAAUAAAUUGUUCUUUUCAUUUGGUGUGGAAAACAUUGUACAAGGUGUCCAUAAAGUUUCUUAUAACUGAAGAAUUAAAGACAUUUUCUUCAAUUUAUGAGCUUUUCAACACCCCAGUAUAUCCCAAGUUCUCAUUCAAAGGUUUGUUCGCAGAGUCUAAGUUUUUUAAUGUGUUUCAUUAAGACCAAGGUUGGAAACGAGCUGUGACAAUAUCUUUUGCUACUUUACUUUUUAAUUCAUUUACUGCCUUUGACAGCAAUAGACAUCUAAUCCAUUUGUACUGGGAGGGCUUGCACGGAUGAAUGAAAGUUAAAUCCCUGCCAACCCUCGGACAGCUCAAAUGGAUUGGACGUCACUCGUGACAAACUAUAUUUCUAUUGAUCUUUCACGAGUUUGAUUGCUUUAAGUGGUUAUGUACCUAAGUUAGUGUGGUCAAUGUAAAAAAAAAAAAAAAAUUAAAGCAACUCCAGUUCGUCUAUGACUAUCAGUGGCCGCCAAUGAGUUAAAAGCCCACUAAGAAAAGUGGCGAACUGUGUCUUUUGAUUGGCUUCUUGAGACUUUCCCAUUGUUCAGGUUCCCCACCGCUAAAUUACAGGCUCUGAAGUCUUCCACGAUGUUAUCGUCAUCUACAUUGAGGCUUUCAUCACCGUGUCACAAAGUAGCACUUCACCAUCAUCAUGUUGCCCUCAAAGCACCUUUUCAUGACGUGUAUCAUUAGUUGAAAUAUUAAAAUAUUACAAACCCAUUGAACUUGUUUGCUGUUUGAACACGUGAACAACGA